GGGGGGCGGCGCCCGCGAGAACCGGGGGCGGCGGCGGCGGCUGGACCCGGGCUUCUGCUGGCGCGGCUCCCCCAAGGCCAAGGGCCCGGCUCGCCCGGCUCGCAGUGGGGAAGAGGCUGAGGGCUGCGAGGGCGGCCCAGUCGCGCCGCGCCUCACGAGUUCUGUGGGGAUUGCUUCUUGCCUGCUUUGAGAAAACAUGAAGUCACAGUAUCUUGUGCCUACUGUAGCCAUACUGAUGUUCCUAACAUGGAUCCCUCUCUCACUGAGUUGUAACAAAGCUCUCUGUGCUAGUGAUGUGAGCAAAUGCCUUAUUCAGGAACUUUGUCAGUGUCGACCUGGUGAAGGAAAUUGCUCAUGUUGUAAGGAAUGCAUGCUUUGUCUGGGCACUCUUUGGGAUGAAUGCUGUGAUUGUGUUGGAAUGUGCAAUCCUCGAAAUUACAGUGAUACACCUCCUACUUCAAAGAGCACUGUAGAAGAGCUUCAUGAACCAAUUCCCUCUCUCUUCAGAGCUCUAACAGAAGGAGGCACCCAGCUGAACUGGAACAUUGUUUCAUUCCCAGUUGCCGAAGAACUUUCUCAUCAUGAGAAUCUGGUUUCAUUUUUAGAAACUGUUAACCAACCACACCAUCAGAAUGUGUCUGUUCCUAGCAACAAUGUCCAUACACCAUAUUCCAAUGACAAAGAACACAUGUGUACUGUGGUAUAUUUUGAUGACUGUAUGUCAAUACAUCAGUGUAAGAUCUCUUGUGAAUCCAUGGGAGCAUCUAAAUAUCGCUGGUUCCAUAAUGCCUGCUGCGAAUGUAUUGGACCAGAAUGCAUUGAUUAUGGCAGCAAAACUGUCAAAUGUAUGAACUGCAUGUUUUGAAGAAGGAAAAGGAGUUCUAUCUUGGUAAAAUACAGACCAAAGUCAUCUUCAUUAAAGAGAAAGAUGGAAAGACAUCAAUUGGUGAAGUAUAUGUGUUUCAUCAGAAUGCAAGUAAUUUGGGAAGAAGAUAUAAAGAAUUUUAAAUAUCUGUCACUUUAAAUCAACUUUGAGUAAUAAUUGAUUUUCCUAUCAUGGGUAAGUUUCCUUUUAAUUUUAGGAAAUCAUUGAACAUGAUAAUCCAUCUUGAUUGGCUUGGUGUUAAUUAUCAAUGAAUUUUUACCUUAAAAUGUAUCUAAAACUUGGUCAUUUAUGUAAAAAAAUAUAAUUGAAGAAUUCACUGGGACAGACAAUUCAUAUUCAUGUCAAAGAGAUGGAUGCCAUCUCUUCCAAUAUCUCUUAACUUUUUGUUUUAAAAAUGUUAGCAAACAGACCUUAGUGUAAGUUCGGUUUACUUUGACCAUUAAUAGCCAUGUUUAAAAUUUCCCUUUUAAAACAUUAGAAUUACAUCAUUCUCAGAAGGCUGUCUAUAUUUAUGUGCAUUAUAAAUCUUAUCCCUUCUCUUUAUUUUUCAUUUGUUGUUAAAAACACAGGUAUUAUUUAAAUUUACAUUUGUCUGAAUGUUUGCAUAAAACUGAUAAAUCUUUUACUAUAUAAAGAUAAAAUGAAGUAAGAAUAUUACUGAGAGCAUGCUGAAGAGUAAUAAAAUCAUUUCAAUAAACACUUAAUUGAAACAAAAUUCUUGUAUGUGACUUAUGAGGCCAGUCUAUAUAAGUAUUGUAGGACUAGGAAGGAGGGGGUGUCAGGAGCUAAUGCCAGGCCCGGAGAUAAUAUAAUUUGAGCUUAAUUGGGACAACAAAAUAAGAGUUUGAGUCAAGGAAAAGGAGAAUGGAAUAUGCAUUUAUAUAAUGCCUCCCACAUGCUGGGUACUUCAUGCUUUACAAAUAUGAAUCUCAUUUGAUCCUUACAACAACUAGAGGAGAUUAUCCCCAUGCUGUUGUUAUCCCUAUUUUACAGUUGAGGAAACUGAAGCAAACAAGUGAUUUUUCCAAGGUUUCCCAGCUAGUAAGAGUCUUAAGGCCAGAUUUGAACUGGGAAUGGAGUUUGGGGAAUGAGUAAGCUGCUGUUGAAAAUGGAAACAAAGCCAUUUGAAUGUGAGUAGAAUCAGAGUGAUGGAGAGAAUAAGACUUAAGAUUUUUUUUUUUAAUUGUGUGAAAGGGAAUUUGAAUUUGAGCAUGUUUGAGGAAAAAAGGUUGAGGAAUGUAAUACAGGAAAAUUAAAAUCUGGUUACUUAAAAAAAAUUUGUUGCACCAGAAUCUUGUAUUUAACCAUUUUUUAAAUCUGAUUCUAGCUUAUAUUGUUACUGAAUAAGCAUUGUUAUCUAGGGGGUGAGAAAUUUGAUUAACUGUCAGAAUGAAUAGUUACUAGUCAGGUAUUUUACCACAUCAUAUUUUAUCACAUUACUGUAACUUUGAGAUUUUAUGACUGGCUUAUUUCCAAAGAAUUUAUAAACUCCAAGUACACUCCAGUAUUGGUUUUUUUCCCUUGGUGCUCUUUAUGUAAUAUUCUGAUUAAAAAACCAGAAUAUUAUUUACAUAAAAUGUGUCUGCCCAUACUUAAAAAAAAUUUAAACCUUCAAAAUAAAUCAUGUAAAUAUUUCAUAAUGUAAACAAUACUCUUUUCAAAAUGCUUGAUCAGAACUUUCCUUUAGUAGAAAAUUCCCUUAUUGCAACUAAAAUAUAAUUUUAUUUAUUUAACAUUUAGAUUUUCAGGAAUGCAUCUCUUCUGUACAUCUUUUCAUAUAGACAUUCAUCUUAAAUUUUGCAAUAGUCAUUUGCUUGAAUUUAAGUUGUCUGAGUUUGUGUACUUAUUUCUGAUCAAAUAUCAGAAAAUUAAAAGCCUUGAUGUCUAAAAUGGUGUUUUCUAUUGACACCAAGCGCAUCAUCCAUCCAAGUGGAGUAUGAAAUAAGCAGUGAUUUAAAAUUACUUACCCUUUUAUAUUUUAUAGGGCAUGAACUUUUAUUUUUUAAGUAGCAAAACUUUUCCUCUUCAUUUUGUAUUCAUCAUUUCAUCUUGGGCUUAGUGUUACAACAAAAGAAGCCUGUAAUUGUGACCUAAAUAUAAUUAAGAGUAAAACAUGAUAGGAAUCAAAAUCUUUAAAAAAAAAAGGAAUAAUCAAAUUUAAUAGAUUUUCACCAUGCACAACUAUUUUUUGUAGCCUGAGGCUCUAUUUUUACUGUAGAUAAGAAAAAUUUAAGGAAAUUUGUGGUCAUUUGCUUCAUUUCAGCUUCUUUCUUUUUCAGAAUAAAUAUAUACAUAUGGAGAGAUUCCUUUUUGUUUUGUUGACUGUAUGUUUAAUGUUGCCACCUACAUUAAUUUCACUUAGCACAUUUGUAUGUUCUUUGACAUUCCUCAUUUUCAUACAAAAAUAACUUUAAAAAAUUUUUUCAUUCUUUCUUGAUCUAUUCCAUAUUGCUCUCCCAAUCCCCUACAUUGUGAUGGUGAUUUCUUAUACCAUAAAUCAAUUUAAAUUGAUGGAAUUUUCCUUUUUCUUAUGUUUGCCCAUUAAUAGUCAUUCCUUGAAUUGUUCCCUUAUGUGAUGAAAAUUUUUUUUAAUUUAUUUUGGUGGGUAGAAUAAAUAUAUGUAUCUUUCUGCUGUUUAUCUCAUGGUUUAUUUUCUGAUUUGGGAUAAUAGAUAGUUUAAAUUUGACUUUAAAAUAUAUGUAGAAAUAACAUAAAGCCUGUAAUUAAUCCUAAAAGUACUGCUUAGCUCUUCUGACACAAACACUUAUAAUCUUGAGCACCAAACUCUUGUAUACUGAAGAAGUUUUGAUAGAUUACUGUUUCUGGGGGGAUUUUGUUUGUUUGUUUUUAUAUUUUUGGUAUUCUGGUUUUGUUAUUUGCUGCUUGUUUUUAACAGCUAAAUAAUCUAGAAAUAAUAGCUAUAGAUUUAAGUGAGUUUCUUUUUGGGCACUUUUUCUCUUUGCUUGAUUCAAGCACUCUGCUUUUUAUUGAAACUAUAGUCUUCAUUUGAGGAGCCAAAGGAAUCCUAACAUAUGUUUAUAAAUCAUGUCAUGGAUUAAAGAUAAAAUUAUUUAGAUUUAUGAUUUCUAAAGUUUAAGGAACUAAAAUGGUUGUUCUGUUAGGAUCAUAAUUUAUUUAAUGGCUUUUUAAGAGCACAGCUAAUAUCAAUGAGAAGAAGCAAAAGAGAGGAAAGAAGUCCUAAACUAAUAAAAUUGAUAAUGAAAAAGUUCUUGCUUUAAAGAAGUUUAAUUCAUUUUGUUCUCCCAACUGCAUGUUACAUAUUCCUGCCAUCUAUUAGCAACAUAAAAUGUAUGUAUUUUACUUUAUUUAUCCCUGUAAACAAAUGUAUUUUAAUUAAAAUAUUGGAAUAUGUUGGAAUUAGGGUUUUUGUUAAUCCUAACAUUGCACACCAAACAAAACCCUUUUUGUGACAUCUCUGACUAAUAGAUUUCCUUCAUCUUUUGGUAAAUUCUUCAAUAAACUCAGUUUAUUUGAA